GCAGCCUCGCCCCGCCCCCCCGGCCUAACCCCAGCCCGGGCGCCCUCAGGCGCCGGCUCUCUAGCGCGCCCGACCUCCACCCUCCCGGGGCCGCGCCGCGCGCGCGCCGGCUUUGGGCGAGACCCUGCAGAGGCAGCGGGGCUCCUCCUCCCGCUCCUCCUCAGCCUACUCUUCGGGCGCUCUCGCGCUAACUGUGCUCCUCCGGGGCCCUCCGCCUGCUCCCAGCCAUGGUGGCCUGGCGCUCGGCGUUCCUUGUCUGCCUCGCUUUCUCCUUGGCCACCCUGGUCCAGAGAGGAUCUGGGGACUUUGAUGAUUUUCGCCUGGAGGAUGCAGUGAAAGAAACUUCCUCAGUAAAGCAGCCAUGGGACCACACGACCACCACCACAACCAAUAGGCCAGGAACCACCAGAGCUCCGGCAAAACCUCCAGGUGGUGGAUUGGACUUGGCUGAUGCUUUGGAUGAUCAAGAUGAUGGCCGCAGGAAACCGGGUGUAGGAGGAAGAGAGAGAUGGAACCAUGUAACCACCACAACCAAGAGGCCAGUAACCACCAGAGCUCCAGCAAAUACUUUAGGAAAUGAUUUUGACUUGGCUGAUGCCCUGGAUGAUCGAAAUGAUCGAGAUGAUGGCCGCAGGAAACCGAAUGCUGGAGGAGGAGGUUUUUCAGACAAGGAUCUUGAAGACAUAGUAGGGGGUGGAGAAUACAAACCUGACAAGGGUAAAGGUGAUGGCCGGUACGGUAGCAAUGACGACCCUGGAUCUGGCACGGUGGCAGAGACUGGCACCAUUGCCGGGGUGGCCAGCGCCCUGGCCAUGGCCCUCAUCGGUGCCGUCUCCAGCUACAUCUCCUACCAGCAGAAGAAGUUCUGCUUCAGCAUUCAGCAACAUUCUUGACCAGGGCGACACACCCGGCAGGCACAGCAGUACUGCAGGGGCACACUGACAUGUCAGUGCACAGCCUGCAAAGCUGGUCAUGGCCACCCUGCUUGAGAUCCCACUGGCCCACCGUGGAUCCGGAAGCUUGACUGUAGAGUGGCGUGAGCAGGGAAUGGGUCAGACAGAGUCCAGGCCUGGGGACUGGAUUGUUUUUAAAGUUACCCUUUUCCCUCAAAUCAAAAGUCAAGGAAUCACUUAACUGGUGAAAAAGAUGGGAAUCCAACCUUCUAAUUGCCUGGACACUGAUAUUUAGAAGGAGACAUUGGGCGAGAGGGUCGAGUUGCACUUAGUGUGGUGGGGGCAGUUUUGCAUCAGCCUCCUGGGCUGUGCCUGGAACAAGGAGCCCAGGGCAACCAGGUACAUAGUCACAGCCCUUGAUCUCUGACCUUAUUCUUAAUUGCAUUUGGCAAAAAAGUAGAAGCCGCCUAAUACAGGGGGUUUCUGUCCAAGAGGCCCCAAGGCUGUCCUCCGUGGGCUCUCCCUCCGGCAGGUAGAUUGGAAUGAGAUGGGGAUUCUGGGACACAGCUCAAUCCACAUGGCCUUCCCCAUGGCUAGGGAUCCUCAUUUGAAACUGCUCUUUGGGCUGGGAACUCUCCAUACUCGUCUCCCCUCCCUGUUUUAGAGGAGAGGGAGCAAGGACCUGGCCAGGGACACUUUGGGAGAACAACUCAGAGCAUCCCGCUUGCCAGGAGAGGAGUCAAGAUUUUGGAUAAGCAUCCAGGUUCUCAAGGUGGUCUCUUGGGAAAAGAUAAAAGCCCAGAUUUAGAUUAAACCAAGACCUGUAGGACAAAGUUAGAACUUACUGACAGAAAAAUAUCUUUCCUGUAUGACUGAUUAAACUAGUUGGUAACUAAAAUGUCAUUGAACAAAUAUUUAUUAUUAAAAAAAAAUCCUACACCCAGAGAUGCCCUCAAAAUGGAGGCCACAGUGGCAGGGGAGGUCCUGGUGGCUGGCUAGAGGGCUUCUCCUGUUUGGACCUUUGCUGGAGAGCUUAUUUGGCUGGAAGCACCAUGUCAGAUACAUUUUGGCCUUGAUUUUCUGAUGAUUUCCCCUUCUAGGUGGCUGGGGUGGCAAGGAGGUUUGGUUCAUAGCAACAAAGUAGUUGUGAGCUCUUUGAACAAAAAGGCUAAUGCCCUGGGAGCCAAAAGGUCUCACUGGUGAGGUUUGCGAAAGCCGUAUGAGUUCACUGGGGCUGCCAGAACAAAGAGUCACAAACUGAGUGGCUCAAAACAACAGAAGUUGAUUCUCUCCCAGUUCCAGGGGACUCCGGAUGUUCCUUGGCUUGUGGCCGUAUCAUUCCAAUCUCGGUUUAUAUCCUAAAUCCAGAAUGACCUCAUCUUAACAUCCUUAACUUAAUUUCACCUGCAAAGACCCUGUUCCUAAAUAAGGCCGUGUUCACAGGUUCCAGGGAUGAGGACACACACAGAUCUUUUUUGGCAUGGGGCGGGGCAUCCUUCACUAUAGCAUCAUUAGCCUAAUGGUGAGAUGCGACAGUCCACAGUUUUCAAAUCUAUGCCCAUUACAAAACUGGGUGAGAUGGCCAGGCCAAAGGAUGGCUUUGAGACUUUAAAAAGCAUGCUGGGCAAAAGAAACUGUUUAAACUACAGGUCUGUAGUUCCUAGUAAGAGCAGCGUCCCGGGCAUCGUGCGCUUGCCACCCACCUGCCAUUGCCUCUCUUCCGGGCUCUGCACGUGGGUGAAAAGCCAGCCCUGUAACUCGGCCUGGCAAGGGCAGGGCCAUGGAUGGGGAGAGUUCUUGGGCUGAGCAGACAGGGUGGCCGGCUUGGGCCCUGUCCUGCUGGGCCCUCAGUUUCCCCAUCAAGGGUAUCUCAACUUCCUUCUGCUCUGGAAUUAAAAAGUCAGAGGCUGGCUUGAGGCUGCUCAGGUGUCAGUAGGAACAGAGAGAGAAAAAUAGGUUGAUUUCCAAAGCACAAAGUGAACAUCUGGAUUGUAUCUGUCUCUGCGGGACGUUAAAAUGAAAGGAAAAUA